AUGGUGAAUCGUAAGUUCUGGGAUAGUGAAUUUUCUCGCACUUCAUCUUCUUAUACGGUGAUGGCUGAGAAGCUGAAGGAGUAUAUGAAGGAACUGGAUGACCUUCCUCCACUCAUUCAAAAGAAUACCGAAGAACUUCGUAGGCUUGAUGAAGAAGUGGAGAGGAUAAUGAGCAUGGCUCAAGCACGUGCUGUGAAGCUUGUGAAUAAUUUGAAGAGAACCCCAAUGAAGCUGCAAGUAGAAUGGUACAAAGAGAUGCAGGGAAUGUAUGCAGUGGUGGAUAAGUUAAAUGAGAGGAAGGUGAAACUUGCUGACGAAAUGUAUAAUGCUGUUGAUAUGCGCAUCAGAGAGAUGGACAAAAUGAUGCUUGAGUUCCAAGAACUUCGGGUCAGGAAGCACAACGAGACUCAUGCUACCAACGCAGGCCAGCCUACUUCGAAUACUCAGAACCGUCAGAGAUCAAAAUCUACGGCUGAUCCAGUGAGGAAGGCGAAUAAACUAGGGGUUACUCGUCCGAAAAGGGGUGCUUUCAAGCCGUCGACGAUAACUGCUGCGGAUAUGCCUGUUGGUGACAACGAACCCAACUAUCGUAUCUCUCACCAGGUACCUUCAGGGCAAAUGGUUGCCUGCGAUGAACCGGAAUGUAAAAUUGAGAUGUCUCAGUUUCAGUGCGCCUGUGUAGCAUCUUCUCCCGUUGAUCUUCCUACAUGUAGAUUGACAAAUACUGUAACAUUUUCUCCACCGUUUCGCGCUUGUUUUAGAGAAGAAAUCCAGCGGCAAGCGUAA